AUGUUGCAUAAGGAAGUGGAAUCUUCUUUUAUAGAGGUAAUUAAUUAAAUCAAGAAAAUUUUGAAAAAUCACUUAAUAUAUUUAAUUUCUGCAAUAUCAUAAACUAAUGAUGUAGUAGAAAUUCCUCAUCUUUCAUCAUUAUCAAUAAAUAAUUAAGAAAUGAUUUCAGAGGAAAUCAAAUUUGAGAAUAUUACAUCAAAUAUUUUGUAAUUAAAAAAGUGCAAAAUUAUAGAAUAAGGUAAAAUCAAAUUUCCUUAAAUUUUUUAUGAUUCUAAACAAUUAAAUAAUUUAAAAUUAUAAAGUACUUAAUCCUUUAAAUUAUACUUAUUUAACUUUUAUAGAUAAAUUAAAUCAUCUAUAUUAAUAUUUAAUUAUAUAAAUUUUUUGUAUUAACGUCUACCCACUUGUAUAUUUAGAAACUUAUCUUAAUAUGAUACAAAUUAUUUGAGUAUUGUAAAGAAGAUUUCUGUACCAAAAGUUAUAAUAUAUUUUUGA